AUGGGGAGCCGCACCCCUCCUCAUGCCCUUCACACUGAAAUAGGAUUUGUGGAGCCACUACCAUUUCGCAAGCACGUUGUUAUGACCUUAUUUACACCUCAGAUUAAGACUAGCAGCUGGGUAGUAUUAGUUCCACCUCACAGAUGGGAAUACGGAACACAAGGAGGGUGUUUACUGGAGCUCUACAACUCCACCCCAGUUCCCACUGGCAGUAAAGAUUCUUAUCAUUCUAACCUUGAAUUGUUUUCUGGAACCAGAUUUAGUGCAUCUGUAUUUUUACGAAUCUGCGUACAGGUUUGUGCACGCGUGAGUGAAGAUGCCCACAGAACUCAGAAGUGGGCAUCAGAUCCCGCAGAAGCUGGGACUACUGGCAGUUGUGAGUUGCCCAAAUUGGGUGAUGGGAGCUGCACUCUGGCCUCUGUGUGCUGUGCCUCGCUCUGGGGGAGGGAUUGGGGGCGCAAGCUCCUGCUGCGCGCCCUGGCCUGUGCAGACUCCACACACCUGGCCACCCCACGGACUUCAUUAAGGCUGCGCCUGUGGUACCAGGGCGGGCUGAGAGGUGGAAGUCUGUGUCAUGGAGCCCACCGAGAAGCUCUGCAGGAAAACGCGGGGAGUAUACACAGAAAAGAAGAGGAUUGUUUGGGAUCCCGGGAAAAGUUCCAGGUGGUGGCUAAGGGCAACCUGUGCCCCUGUACCCCAGCCCUGUGUGAUCUUGGGUGGAUUAUUCCUCAGGCCCCCAUUUCAUCACCUGGUCAGGAUGCUGGAGGCAAGCCCAGGAUUGCUGGACUGGAGUCGGAGGGACCAUUGAAGGGUUCUGCCCCACCUCCUGAAGAUGACCAAGGCAAGCAGUCCUCAUCCUCCAGGGCUGGCAUUGGAAAGAGACCACCAUCGGAGACCUCUGGGGAAUUAAUGAGGGAUGGCAGCUGCAGAGGGUGCCACAACAAAGACCCAGCACCAGCUGCAUGUAGUCCCCAGCCCCGGGAAGACAUUUCUUCUCCCCUAGAGAAAGAGGUAAAGAAAGUGAAGCCAUCCAUCUCUGCAGUCCCCGCAGGCCUAACCCCCAGUGUCCUCAGUACAUUGGCCAAGAGGAGCCAACAGGAGAACCUGAAGGAAUCCCUAGAAGUGACCUUUCAAUUUCGGAAAAAGACUCGAACCCUGUACCGCUCAGACCAGCUGGAGGAGCUAGAACGGAUAUUCCAGGAAGACCACUAUCCAGACGGUGACAAGCGUCGAGAGAUUGCCCACAUGGUGGGGGUCACCCCUCAACGCAUCAUGGUGUGGUUUCAGAACCGUAGGGCAAAAUGGCGAAAACUAGAGAAACUGAGUGAGAAGGAGACUAAAGACGGUUCUGUAGCCCCCAGUGCUGACAGCAGUCAACGCAGGUCUGCUCCUGAGCUCCUAGCUACUAUGCCAACAGAUCUAGAACCUGGCCCCAUUCCUCCAGAGCACAUUUUGGAUGCCUUGCCAGAGCCCCCCAUGCUGCUGGCUUCUGACCAGACUCAGACCCCCUCUCAGCGCAAUGAGGGUGCUCAGAGGAUGGCAGUGACCCCACCACUCUUCAGCCCCCCACCUCUUCGAAGGACCAACCUUCCUCCUUCCCUUAGUCCUGUCCACGUUCCUCAAGUGAUGCCUCCACUGAGGGACAUUCCUGGAAGUAACAGCAUACAAAAGGACAGGCCCUGUGGGUCCUGGGGUACCAGCAUCACCUCCCCACCCACCUGCUCAAAUUUGGAAGACCUGGGGCCUCAGGAUUAUCAAGCAAGCAGCCAGCUGGGUUCAUUCCAGUUCUCGCAGGCUCCGCAGACCCCUCUCUUCCCACCCUUUCAGCCCCACUUUCCUUAUCUGCCCCCCUUCCCUCUGCCCAUUCCAAGCUUUCUACCACCGGAAGACUCUCUUUUCUCACUUCCAUUUGGCCUCAGUGGGGACACAUCGCAGGAUUAUUGCCCAGGGCCGCCACCAGGUCAGAUCUUGCUACAGCCACCUACUGGAAAUAUGGGUCCAGGGCCCUGGAGUGGCCAUUGUUUGCCAGAACCUCCCUUCCCUGGUCCACUCUGCCCACAGACUCUGGGACCCCCUAUGGGGGCAGAGGGCUACUUUCCAGACCUGCUUCCAGCUCCGUGUGCUCAGCCUAUAAGCAAACACCUUCCAUUAGAACUCAAUGGGCUUGCUGAAGGCACUAGACCAGAGACAGGGUCCUCACUGAACAAAACGCCAGAACAGCAGACAGCCUCUUCCCUUGAGCAGCCCACACGAGAGGAAGUGAGGGACAAGAUUAAGAAUAGCCAUGGCCCUGGGACUAAAGAGUGAAGAGAAGGUCCUUGUCGGGGGACUGUGGAGAAGAACAGGAUUGAGGCACUCGUGCAAAGAGCAGGACUUAACGUUCAGAAAGGCUAUGGACUGGCCUAGUAUGGGAGCCCAAGGUCUUCCUACUCUAGGUUUUAUGAAGGAAGAGAGCUGGCAUCAUUUUUUUUUUCCUUUAACCCUUAGAAGUUCUGAAGAGAAUUGGGCCAUGCUACUUGUAAAUGUUACAUCACUUUCUGUGACUUUAGUUCCUUCCUAGACGUUGAGGUGGUGUCCAGUGUAUGCAAUAAAACAGUAACUAUUGGGUGUUUUUCUGUGAAUGAAGAGCUGUGCUUCUAACUACUUCUGUGUUGGGAACAGUGAGCCCCCAGAUCCUGUUUCUUGUAAACAACUUGUUUUCCCCUGAUCUGAGUGCCUACAGCUGCUCUGAGCAAGAGACCUUCAGGAGUUCCUGAUGACAGGAGAGUGGUUUCUGGUGGGUUUGGCUGGGGCGUGGCUAUCUCUAUAUAGUCUGCCCUGAACACAAUAAAGGGGGCAUUCAUGGG